AUGGACCGUUUGGAUUGGAUUGGAUUCCUUGGUCUCCCAGGGAGGGAAAGGUGGGGACUGAGCUCCACACGCUCCACGGUGUUGCCUUCACGUUGCAGUGCCACGGGGUUUGCGGGGAAACCGAGGCAACCCUCCAGCUCUGCACCCUCUCGCCCUAGUCGCCACCCCACCCCUCAGCUACCGCGUGGACGUGGCUGGGGGAAGCCUGGGUUUGAGGCUAUGCAGGCUGCAGGGGAGGAGUCCCACGUGACGGAGAGGCGGGGUGUCAGCUCCGCGACUGUGGCUUCUCAGGGGCGGGGCCGCUGCAGAGCAUCUCCCAGUCGGAGUCCCCCUUUGUUCCUCUUGCUGCCUCCUAGAUCCGCCGGCGUCUGGGUCCAUCCCUUCCCCUCUCGCUCCUCCCGCCCACCCCUUGCAUCCGGGCCCGCAUCCCUUCACACAAAAGCUCGGUCCCAGUUCCUGCCCUUGCCCCUCCCCCAGACUUCUGGCCAGCGCCUUUGCCUGGUAGGUAGCCUUCUGCCCAUCCCUCCCUUCUGCACCUUCUUUUCCCUGGAUCCGUCUCCUGUCCCCCUUUUCCCCAAGUCCCGAGUCGCUCCGCCCUUCCGGACCGGGGAUGUCCCCCGCAGCCCCGCGCCCAUGGUCCUGACGCUUCUCCUCUCCGCCUACAAGCUGUGCCGCUUCUUCACCAUGUCGGGCCCACGGCCGGGCGGCGAGCGGCUAGCCGUGCCGGGGCCCAACGGGGGUGGCGGCGCGGGCCCGUGGUGGACCGCGGGCGGCCGCGGGCCCCGCGAGGUGUCGCCCGGGGCGGGCACUGAGGUGCAGGGUGCCCUGGAGCGCGCGCUGCCCGAGCUGCAGCAGGCGCUGUCGGCGCUGAAGCAGGCGGGGGGCGCUCGGGCCGUGGGCGCCGGCCUGGCGGAGGUCUUCCAGCUGGUGGAGGAGGCCUGGCUGCUUCCGGCCGUGGGCCGUGAGGUAGCCCAGGGUCUGUGCGACGCCAUCCGCCUGGACGGCGGCCUCGACCUGCUGCUGCGACUGCUGCAGGCGCCGGAGCUGGAGACGCGCGUGCAGGCCGCCCGCCUGCUGGAGCAGAUCCUGGUGGCUGAGAACCGGGACCGCGUGGCGCGCAUCGGGUUGGGUGUGAUCCUGAACUUGGCAAAAGAGCGGGAGCCGGUGGAGCUGGCGCGGAGCGUGGCCGGCAUCUUGGAGCACAUGUUCAAGCACUCGGAGGAGACGUGCCAGCGGCUGGUGGCGGCCGGUGGCCUGGACGCUGUGCUGUACUGGUGCCGCCGCACGGACCCGGCGCUGCUCCGCCACUGCGCGCUGGCGCUGGGCAACUGCGCGCUGCACGGGGGCCAGGCGGCGCAGCGGCGCAUGGUGGAGAAGCGCGCCGCCGAGUGGCUCUUCCCGCUUGCCUUCUCCAAAGAGGACGAGCUGCUACGGCUGCACGCCUGCCUCGCGGUAGCCGUGCUGGCCACCAACAAGGAGGUGGAGCGCGAGGUGGAGCGCUCUGGCACGCUGGCGCUCGUGGAGCCGCUUGUGGCCUCGCUGGAUCCCGGCCGCUUCGCCCGCUGUCUUGUGGAUGCCAGCGAUACAAGCCAGGGCCGCGGGCCCGACGACCUGCAGCGCCUCGUGCCACUACUGGACUCGUCGCGCUUGGAGGCGCAGUGCAUUGGGGCUUUCUAUCUCUGUGCCGAGGCUGCCAUCAAGAGCCUGCAGGGCAAGACCAAGGUAUUCAGCGACAUCGGAGCCAUCCAGAGCCUGAAACGCCUGGUUUCCUACUCCACCAAUGGCACCACGUCGGCGCUGGCCAAGCGCGCGUUGCGCCUGCUGGGCGAGGAGGUGCCGCGGCCCAUCCUGCCCUGCGUGGCCAGCUGGAAGGAGGCCGAGGUCCAGACGUGGCUGCAGCAGAUCGGCUUCUCCCACUACUGCGAGAACUUCCGGGAGCAGCAGGUAGAUGGCGACCUGCUUCUGCGGCUCACGGACGAGGAGCUCCAGACCGACCUGGGCAUGAAAUCUGGCAUCACCCGCAAAAGAUUCUUCAGGGAGCUCACGGAGCUGAAGACUUUCGCCAACUACGCUACGUGCGACCGCAGCAACCUGGCUGACUGGCUGGGCAGCCUGGACCCGCGCUUCCGCCAGUACACGUAUGGCCUGGUCAGCUGCGGCCUUGACCGCUCCCUGCUGCACCGCGUGUCGGAGCAGCAGCUCUUGGAGGACUGCGGCAUCCGCCUGGGCGUGCACCGCGCCCGCAUCCUCACCGCCGCCAGAGAAAUGCUACACUCCCCGCUGCCCUGCACUGGUGGCAAGCCCAGUGGGGACAUCCCAGAUGUCUUCAUCAGCUACCGCCGGAGCUCAGGCUCCCAGCUGGCCAGCCUCCUGAAGGUGCACCUGCAGCUGCACGGCUUCAGUGUCUUCAUUGAUGUGGAGAAGCUGGAAGCAGGCAAGUUCGAAGACAAGCUCAUCCAGAGUGUCAUGGGUGCCCGCAACUUCGUGCUCGUGCUGUCAGCCGGGGCCCUGGACAAGUGUAUGCAGGACUAUGACUGCAAGGACUGGGUGCAUAAGGAGAUCGUGACUGCUUUGAGCUGCGGCAAGAACAUUGUGCCGGUCAUCGAUGGCUUCGAGUGGCCAGAGCCCCAGGACCUGCCGGAGGACAUGCAGGCCGUGCUCACCUUCAAUGGCAUCAAGUGGUCCCACGAAUACCAGGAGGCCACGAUUGAGAAGAUAAUCCGAUUCCUGCAGGGCCGCUCCUCCCGGGACUCAUCGGCAGGCUCGGACACCAGUUUGGAGGGGGCCGCACCCAUGGGCCCAACUUAACCAACCCUUAGAUCCUAGGCCCUGCUGUGAUCCCCGUUCCCAUCAUCCCGCUCGAAGAAACUGCUCCUCGACCUGGCCUCUCUCAGCUGCAGCCAGCUGGGCCCUUCUCUGGAAAUUGCUGUCGCUCUGCCCCCAUCCUCAUGGUCCACCGCAAGCCCAGC